AUGGCGCCCUCUGCGUCAGUUAACGUUCCUACGAACACCAAGAUCAAGGAGCAGGAUGUCAACAACAAGCUCCAACUCUAUGGAAUCUUCUCUGCCUUCUCCAAUGGCAAGGUCCCAUCAAACAAGCAGAUUGAUGUUGCUAUGAACAGCGCUCUCGCAUCGCGACCGCUCUCAAGCCCUUCCAAGAAGCUCUCGACUGAGGGUCAGAAGCUCGUUGGCGAUUUGCGCGAGGUUAUUGAGCAGGCCAAGCUCUUGCUCUUGACCAAGAACGAGGGCAACCUCCUUCAGGACUUCAUUUGGCAAACUCAGCAGAUCUCUGGCGCCGAUGCUGGCACACCUAACGCCCCUGUCGACAAGGACACCGCCAAACAGCACGGUAAUGAGGCCCUUGACGGCCUUCGUACCCUUGGCACGCUCAUCCUCUCUAACGUGAGUGAUGCUAGCAUUCUCUUCAGAGACAUGGCCGGUGAUGCCGCCCAGAAGGCUGCCAACAAGGUCAACCCUUCAGAAGAUGAACUCAACCAGAUUGAUGAGCCCGCCGAGGACAACACUUGGCACGAUGUUCCUGACCUUUCCAAAGACAACCUCAAGAACCAGGCUAAGGCCAAGUACAACGAGCAGAAGCCCUUUAACAGGGAGCAGGCCAAGGGUGCUCUUGGUGACGCCACUCAAGCCGCCCACCCCAGCGGCUCUCGUGACCCUGCCGACGCUGCUGACCUCGCCCGCCGCGACCAGCAGCAGGGCAGCAACUCUGGUGUCGAUGCCACCAAGGGUGCCAUGGAGGGCGCUGACCGUCUUCAGCAGCACGCUCGUGAGAACGUUCCUCAAGAGACCCAGGACCGUGCUCGCGAAACCAGAGAGCGCACCAACAACUACAUGAAGGAGAAGCUCCCCAAGGAGCGCCGUGAGCAGGGCAUCUACCGCCUGAAGAAGAUGAUCGUCGAGAUCCAAGGCCACCAGGACUNNGUAAGUCAUCAACGUCAACCAUACCUUAAGGUGCAAACCACUGACUCUCUUCACCCAGACCACCAAGCCAUUGAUACUCUCCUUCGUCUUGCCGAGCAGUACUCCGGCCACACUAAGAACCUGGCCAACCAGAGCCAGGGAACUGUGAAAGGUGCCCACAAGGACGACAGUCUGCAGAUGGCUGAAGCUGACCUCAAGGUAUUUCUAGAGUUCACAACAAACAAUCAACAGAUGCUGACAAACCUCAAGACCCUCAUCGAGCGCUUCGCCAACGGCACCUCCCUCGACGACAUGUUCGACUCCAUCAACGUCAUCUACCGCGAUGCCGACAACGACCCUGAGCUCAAGGGCUGGUUCACUCACAUGAACAAGUACAUCCGCAAGUGUCUCAAGGAGCAGGGCUACGUCCUUCAGGACGAGUCCACCGAGGAGUGGAACAAGCUCUACGACCAGGGCGAGUUCCUUCUCCGCGACCGCUACCGCAACCACACCGACAGAAUCUCCGACGAGUUCAAGUUUUACAUUGAUCAGUUCAACCAGGACAAGCAGAACGUUGCCUUUGGCGAUGCUGUCCAGAAGCUCUUCCUCGAUCUCGGCCAGAACGAGAACGGAGAGUCUGAGUUCAAGCCUCAUCUCGUCAAGGACUUGACCGAGGUCAUUCUCCCUGGUCUUUUCGAGUCCAUUCGUUACGUCCCUAUCCCCCGUAUCGAGUACUCUGAUUCCAUGAUGGAUGCCAUCGUCGAGAACCUCGUUCUCGAGGGUGACAACCUCGCUCCUAACGUCUUGGAGUUCGGCAGCGACAACUACUGGCGCUGGGGCCGCAAGUCCAUCACCAGCAAGAACAAGAACAAGGUCAUGCUCUCCGUCUCUGGCGUCCAGUGCGACCUUCGUGAUGUCAGCUACUACAUCAAGAAGAAGGAGGGCUUCCCCGGUAUUACUGAUAAGGGUGUCAUGGAUAUCUUCCUUGGUGGUACUGGUUUGAGCUUCAAGGUCGCCAUGGAGACUGCAGACAAGACUGACAGCAAGCACUUCUUCAAGGUCAACACUGUUCACGUUGACAUCAAGAACAUGAACAUCAAGCUGAAGCAGUCCAACCACAAGCUUCUCUUCAACAUCUUCAAGCCUCUCCUUCUCAAGGUCAUGCGUCCUGCUAUCCAGAAGGUUGCCGAGAAGCAGAUCCGCGACAACAUCCACCAGCUUGAUGAGCUGCUCUACGGUAUCCACCAGGAAGCCAAGAAGGCUGAGCAGCAGGCCAAGAACAACCCCGAUCCCGAGAACGUCCAGAACAUCUACCAGCGCUACGCCACCGCUGCCCAGCAGAAGUUCACCAGAGGCAAGCAANAGAAGGACGAGGUCGCCGCCGACAAGAAGGUCAACAUGGCUGUCACCCAACACGACAGCAUCUUCAAGAACAUCUCCCUUCCUGGUGGCAUCAGCACCAAGGCUACCGAGUACAGGGACCUCGCCGCCAAGGGUGACAAGUGGGAGUCUCCCAUCUUCAGCAUUGGAUCUGCUAAGGAGACUUCCAACCUGCCCAAGAUGGCUUCCAUCACCCGCAAGCCUCACCGUGUCAACCAGGAGGGUGUCCGCGGUCCCAACAACCUCGGCACCAACCAGUACGGUUCAGGAUUUGACGGCUCUUCUGACACUGGCCCAAGCGGCGGUUUCAACAGCUCGAGCAACACUGGUUACGGCUCUCAGUCUACUGGCUACCACGGUGGCUCCAACACUGCUGGCCUUACUGGUCAGGUCCCCGUUCGCGGUGGCAACACCCUUGGAUCUGGCUAUGAUCAGAACACUACCAACACCACCGGUUACCACCAGGGCUCAUCUCACUACGGUGCUGGUGAGGGCCCUAUGGGUUCUACUGGUGCUAGCAACUUCGGAGGUGAGGUUGACCGUGCCUUCCAGGAUGCUACCACCACUGGUUCCACCACCGGCACUACUGGCACUACUGCCACUGCCACUGGUGUCCAAGGAGACAAUGGCCAGCACACCUUCUUUGGCAAGAACAACCCUGUCUUCCAGGGCCAGGUUUAA